UGACUGAAAACAUAGCAAUCCCCGCGACUAUGCAUGCCCUGACGUUCUGCAAUAUGGACAUGACGCCAAAGCUUGAGCUAGACAGGCCGGUGCCUAAGCCAGGCCCAGGGGAGGUACUCAUUAAGGUCUCUCGCGCUGGCGUUUGCAGCACGGACUUGGAAAUUAUUCGCGGUUACGUGCCCGGUUACAACGGCGUGCUGGGACACGAGUUCGUUGGGACGGUUGUGGCAUAUGGUCCGCCACCGCCCGCCGCCGCCGCCGGCUCGGGCGCUGACACGGGGAGCUGGCCUCCCCCGUCUACGCCGCUGGGCACGCGUGUGGUUGGCGAGAUCAACUGCAACGACGCCCACUACACGUGCGCAGAUGCCGUGUUUCAACGGAACCACGCGCCGGGCAGGUCCGUCCUGGGCAUCAUCGGCCGCGACGGCUGCCUGGCCCAAUACACCGCGCUGCCGGCCCUCAACCUACACGUAGUGCCCCCGGGGCUGUCGGACGCGGAGGCGGUGUUUGCGGAGCCGCUGGCCGCCGCCUGCCGCAUCCCGGAGCAGGGCCUGCCGCGGCAGCCGGGCUCAGACCGCGUCGCCGUGAUCGGCGAUGGCAAGCUGGGUCUGCUGACGGCGGCGGUGUUGUCGCGGCACCUGGCGGCGGCGGGCGGCCACCGGCUGACGCUGGUCGGGCGGCACGACGCCAAGAUGGCGCUGGUACCCGGGGACCUGGACCGGGUGGUGUCGGAGGGCGACGGCUCCGCGGUGGCAGAGCGGCUGGGCGGCCAGUUUGAUCUGGUGGUGGAGGCGUCAGGCUCUGCGCACGGCAUUCGCACGGCACUGGCUCUGUGUCGGCCGCUGGGCACGGUCCUGCUCAAAUCCACCGUCAGUACCCUCCAGCCGCCGGCUGCACCCGCGACCGCAACCACGGCAGGGUCCGAGCAGGGCCAGCAGCAGGGGCCGGCGGCGGCCACGGCGGCUGCCCCCACGUGGGCUGAGCUGGCAAACGACAUUGUGGUGAAUGAGAAGGUGCUGGUGGGCAGCAGGUGCGGCCCCUUCGACGCGGCGCUGCAGCUGAUGGCGGGCGACGAGGGCGUGCGGCGCCUGCUGCGGUCCAUGGUGGCGGCGGAGCUGCAGCUGGCGGCGGCGGGCACGGCGGCCCUGGAGCGGGCGGCCAGCAAGGGAACUCUCAAGGUGCAGGUCGUCAUGUGAGCACGUGUGUGUAUGUGCGUGUGUUUGUGUGUGUGUGUGCGUACGUGUGUGUUAAGGAACGAAACGACAGCCCAGACGACGCUGGAGUCACUUACGUCAUGGGAACACGUAUGUGUGUACGUGUGUGUAUGUGUGUGCUGGGAGGUCCAGAUGGGUAGUCAGGGUUCACGCCCCAAAUAAACAAGGCUGGCCGGGGGGCAGAGAUGUGGCCGGACGGAGAGGACUGUCUCAUGCUGGGCGGGUGGCAGUGAUUACCAGUAUUUGUGGUGGGUGGGAUUCGGGUGGCUGUGCGGGGCUUCGGAUGCGGCACUCUAUUAGUGCGUGGAGGGCAGGUGUCGGGCUGCGUGUGGGGUGGAGGCGGAGAGGUGCCACUGACGCUGAGUGUCGGCUGCAGCAGUGUGGUGCCGGUGAAGAGUGGCCUGCGGCAGGAGGCAAAAGGCGGGGUUGGUAAGGAGUGAGGACUCACUGGGCUGCAGCAUUGGCUGUGAUUUGCUGUGAUUGACGGCAUUGCCAGCGUAUGUGACAUGUGCAUGGUAUCUGAACGCGUGUGGGUUGGCAGCCAACGCAGCUUGCUGGGUGUCCACGUGGAGUCGUGGAUAGUCAUCAUCCCUGCGUGCCUGGGUGUAGCUGCCCUGAUGUCCCCGUAGAGGAAGCAGAUCUGGGGAGCUGGCUGGUGGGACCUGCCUCGACAUACGUUAGAGCCUGCCUAGGGAGCGCGGGACUGCGCGGGUGCAGGGCAGUGCCAGGGCCCAAAGGGUGGGGCUGUCAAGUGCCGAGUGGUGUGGCGGCAACAGCUGCAGAUGAUACUUGAAGACAAUCCGUUCGAUUGGAGAUAUUUACACACUUGAACGCACUUGCAUCUCAGUCUUGGGCUUGGGUCGGGCGGAACCCUACGGGUCCAUGCACAAGCCUUGGCCGCGUGAUGGUGUAAUGCUUUACAAAA